AUGAUCAACAGAACUCUAUCCAUUUUCAUUAGCUUCCUUGUCUUUUGCAGUUUAUCUUUAGCAUGGAACAAUCCUAUUCGAAAGCCAAGUGGAAGUGACCCCUUUGUUGUGUAUACUGAUGGAUACUACUAUCUUCUUACCACUACCUGGAGCGAUGUUGAGAUAUCGCGUUCAACUACAGUGGAAAGUCUCGAGACUGCGACAAAGAAAGUGGUCUACUCCACGACUACUGCAUCUCACUGCUGCAAUUUCUGGGCUCCCGAAGUGCAUUACCUGGGUGACAAAUGGUACAUCUAUUACACUGCUGGUGAGAGUGAGAGUCUUGAUGGACAACGCUUACACGUUUUAACAGGCGGGGCUUCCCCGUGGGAUGACUACACAUACACUGGACAGUUGACGAACGAGUGGGCGAUCGACGCCUCGGUGAUUCGUUUCAACGACUAUGGGAAUCACUUGAUGUUUUCCUGUUUCCAUGGUGUGACCUACCAAUCGCUAUGUAUUCAGAACCUAGGAUCGGAGUUCGUCUCUCUGACGGGGGACAUUUACGUCAUUUCGCAACCGACUGAAUCAUGGGAGCAGGUCGGAACACCCGUUAACGAGGGCCCAGCUGCACUAUAUUUCGGGGGAACUACAUACAUAUCCUACUCGGCCUCUUAUUGCUGGACUUCAAGUUAUUGUCUUGGCCUCCUAGCCUGGGACGGUAGUACGACUCCUACGGAAGCGAGCGCCUGGAGCAAGCAAGAUGGAUGUGUGUUUACUUCGGCGAAUGGUAACUAUGGAACUGGUCACAAUGCGUUUUUCCAGAGUCCAGAUGGUUCGCAGACUUGGAUCGUGUAUCAUGCGACCACAUCGAGCUCUGGCGCCUGUGAUGAUAGCCGGUAUACCAUGAUCCAAUUGCUGGGAACUGAUUCUGAUGGCAGUCUAAACUUUGGGGAGCCUGUUGCUUGGACACAUACGUACAGUGAGCCAAGCUAA